AUGAUUAAAAAGCCAAGGCUUUGCCUUUCUUGUUUGUUGUUCAAUUAUUUUGCCGACCACAUGGGUAGCGGAGAGAAAGGCCUCUUGAACAGACAUCUUCACUUGCCUCACCUUCAUCAUAACGGGAAGAAGCAACAAGUGAUCAAAGACGUACCCAAAGGGUGUUUGGCAAUCAAAGUUGGCCUGCAGGGUGAGGAACAACAGAGAGUCGUUGUUCCCGUAAUCUACUUCAAUCACCCACUCUUCAUGCAGUUGUUGAGGGAGGCUGAGGAAGAGUUUGGGUUUGAUCAAAAGGGAACAAUCACCAUUCCUUGCCAUGUGAAGUACUUUCGAUACGUUCAAGGUGUGAUCGAUAAGGAGUACCAUCAUUAUCAUCAGCAUCGUCGUGUUGGCUGUUUCAGGGUUGGAAUGAUGCACAAAUCCCGUGGUUCAUUGUUAAAUUCGACGAGUCAUUAG